AAUGCAUGAUAAGUAUUCUUUGUUAGUGUGUAACGGCGUGAAUUUCGGUCGUCACAAAACAAACCCUGCGGUUUCAUCUGGUGCAGGUCCCUCCUCACAGUCACCAAACGCGCAUACGACACCGUAUCUUCCUCCGUUAACACCUCUCUCUCUAUACUCUCUCUCCCUGUAUCUAUCUCUCUCUCUCUCUAUAUCAUCGUCAUCAAACUUUUCGCCACAUCUUCUUUCAUUCAGUACCGUCGAUCAAUUCCGUUAAUCUCCACAGGUACCCCCAAUUUCAUCUCAAUAUCUUCAUUUAGGGUUAGGGUUUCAUUCAGGUUUCAUUCAUUGUUGUUCACUUUAUCGUGUAAUUGAUUGUUUUUAUCGAUCAAUUGAUUCAAUUCGCCUGAUUUUGAACCGGAUUCACCCUAAAUUGUUGAGAAUUUGUCUGAUUUUGCUUAGGAUUAUCAGUUAUGGUGGUUUAGUUGAAUUAGGUAUUUUGUGAAAUGAUUUGGGGGAAUUGAUACAUAUACAUACAUACAUAUAUAUAUGUAUGUAUAUAUGCUUUAGUUUUAGGGCAUGAUUGUGUGAGAUUCUGCUCAUGCUGUUGAGUGUUGAUUGUGGUGGAACUAACGAUUCCACCGAAGAAGAUCCGAACCAGAACCCGAACCCGAAACCGAAGCCGAACAAGAACAUGAUAAUGCCUGUAAAGGAAAAACUUGGUGGGGAUUUCUUGACUAACUUAUCAAUGGAUAAUAAUCAUUUGUCGACGAUGUUAUCGAUGGAUUCGUGUUUAUCGGCUCACGAUGAGAUGGAGCGAGAGCUGAACCGCGCGGUGGUUCUUAGCUUACCGCCGGAUAUUAAUCUCCCUUUCUCGGCAGAACCGAGUCCUCCACCGGCAUCGUGGAAUGACGGGUGUGAUAUGUUGGAUGUUGGGUUGGGUUCGCAGCAUUAUGAGGUGGAGACGAAUAUUAACGUGACGAAGAUUGGGAAAAAGUGCGCGAAACGGGUUGAUAGUGUUUGGGGGGCUUGGUUUUUCUUUAACUUUUAUUUUAAACCGGCGUUGAAUGAGAAAUCGAAGAGUAAGGUGAAUCGGGAAAAUGGGUUUGAUAAGUCGGAUUUGAAGUUGGAUGUUUUCUUGGUUCAGCAUGAUAUGGAGAAUAUGUAUAUGUGGGCGUUUAAAGAGCGGCCCGAGAACGCGUUGGGGAAGAUGCAGUUACGGAGUUAUAUGAAUGGGCAUUCGCGACAAGGUGAAAAACAGUUUCCGUUUAGUGCGGAUAAAGGGUUUGUUAGAUCUCAUAGAAUGCAAAGAAAACAUUACAGGGGGUUAUCUAAUCCGCAAUGCGUUCACGGGAUUGAAGUUGUUCGUUCACCGAAUUUAACGGGGUUAGACGAAGAAGAAAGAAAACGAUGGAUGGAACUUACGGGACGUGAUUUAAACUUCUCUAUCCCUCUUGACGCUAGUGAUUUCGGUUCUUGGAGGAAUCUUCCUAGUACGGAUUUCGAAAUCGAACGUCCUCCGGUAAUCAGAAACGGUCCCGCUAACGGGAAUCACCAUCAACCGAAAAGAUUGCUAAACGGUUCAGGGUUGAACCUUUCAACUCAGUUAUCAGAGCAUUCGAUCAGCGAGCCAAACGGGAGUUUAAACGGGGUUGAUCUUACAGUCGGGUGUAAUAACAAACGCAAGAAAAACUUCUUCCCGCAUGGUAACGAUGACGAUAAUUACGAUGGAGUUCUUGAUAUCCAUCAUGUGGAGCCGCAUUGGGUAAAUGAUUUUUCAGGCGUUAUGAGAAACGCGUAUGGGCCCGUGACGGGUGCGAAGACUAUAUACGAAGAUGAAGAAGGAUUCUUGAUUGUUGUUAGCUUACCUUGUGCGGAUCUUCAAAGGGUUAAAGUUACAUGGAGAAACACUCUCUCUCACGGGAUCGUAAAGAUCUUUUGCGUUAGUACAGGGUGUAUGCCGAUGUUGAAACGAAAAGAUAGGACGUUUAAGAUGACCGAUCCCGCACCCGAACACUGUCCUCCGGGGGAGUUUAUACGCGAAAUCGCUCUUCCUGCGCGUAUUCCUGAAGAUGCUAAAUUAGAAGCGUACGGCGAUGAAAGUGGGACCAUGCUCGAGAUUAUCGUUCCCAAACAUCGGGAAGGACCGGAAGAACAUGAGGUUCGUGUUUGUCUUCGCCCCUGUGAUCGCCCGUAUGUUGACUUUACCGAAACUUUAAUUUAAGAAUUCAUUAAUAGGGGUGAUUAUAGAAGAUAAUGUUGCGGUUUCAUUGUUUUUUUUUUCUAACUUUACCAUAUUUGUUGCAUCACAAUUGCAGUAUUUAGUGAAGGUUUGCACUUUUCAUGAGACAAAACAGUAGAAACUCCAAAUGGAGAGAUAGUUGCAUUGCAUUCUAUAGAUUUCUUUUUUUUUUUUUUUUUGUUUUUUUUUUUGGUUUACAUCUUUUACUUUAUGAAUCGUUUCAAAUGUCGAAAAGGAAAA